CUUAGUUCACCUACUAUGUAUGUAGUUGGAUAAUCUUUCUACAUACACAUAGCAAAAUUCUUCAAAAUUGUAGGUAGUUGAUUUAAGCACUUUUCGAGUCAUAAAAUGUCCGGAAUUGGAAUCAAUGGCUUUGGGCGCAUAGGGCGGAUGUUCGCACGCCAGGCUCUGGUGCGCAAGGAUGUCCAGAUUGUGGCCAUCAAUGAUCCCUCGCUGGAUCCCAAGUACCUGGCCUACAUGAUGCGAUACGACUCCACCCAUGGUCAGUUCAACCAGAAGAUCUCGAUAGAGGGAAACUGCCUCGUCGUGAAUGACAAGAAGGUCCAGCUGUUCAAGGAGCCGGAUCUCAAGAAGGUGAAGUGGGGCGACCUGGGCGUGCACACGGUGGUGGACUGCUCCGGCCGGUUCACCACCCUGAAAGCCUGCCAAGCCCAUCUGGAUAGUGGGGCCAACAAGGUGGUCAUAUCGGCCCCAUCCUCCGAUGCUCCGAUGUUCGUGUGCGGAGUGAAUCUUGAUAAAUACAAACCGGAUAUGAAGGUUAUCUCGAAUGCAUCCUGCACCACCAACUGCCUGGCGCCGCUGGCCAAGGUGGUGCAUGAUAAUUUCCAGAUUUGCGAGGGCUUGAUGACCACCGUGCAUGCGGCCACCGCCACCCAAAAGAUCAUCGACGGACCCAGCAGUAAACUCUGGCGGGAUGGACGCAGUGGCAUGACCAACAUCAUCCCCGCCGCCACGGGGGCCGCCAAGGCAGUGGGCAAAGUCAUCCCGGACCUGAACGGAAAGCUUACAGGAAUGGCCUUUCGCGUCCCAACGCCCAACGUCUCUGUGGUGGACCUAACGUGUCGCCUCUCCAAGCCCGCCAAAAUGGACGACAUCAAGAAGGUAAUGAAAGCAGCGUCCGAGGGCGACAUGAAGGGCAUCCUGGGCUAUGUGGAGGAGGAGGUGGUGUCCACCGACUUCAACGGAUCACGAUUUUCCUCCGUUUUCGAUGCUAAGGCCUGCAUUGCCCUGAACGACACCUUCGUCAAGCUGAUCAGUUGGUACGACAACGAGACUGGCUACUCCUGCCGACUCCUGGACCUGGUUCUCUAUGCCCAGUUGGCGGACAAGUGCGCCGAGAAGGAAAAAAAUGCUUGUAAGGAGAAGGAAGAUCCCUGUAAGAAAAAGGAUGAUCCUUGCAAGAAGUGAAUGGAUUAGAAUUUCAAAUCAUAUUUACUUUAAUAUUUCUCUAGAAACAUUGAAUCACUUGAAACAAUUUUACCAGACUUACACGCGCUUCUUACAGUUAAGUUCCAGCGGUUAAACUUGUAUUUUAAAUAAAACUAUGGGCUUACAAAUCUA